ACGGCAGCCUCUCCAGCUUAACACUGGCUGUCGACGCUGUGAGAUACUUGGUUAAUAAACACGUAGAGGUUUAUUGUAGCUCCUUGCCUCGGAGGAUGUUAUCAACGACGAGCCGCGCAUUAACAGACAGGGCGUUAUGUUAUGGACUGUAGCUACGUCAGUUAAGUUAGCUUGCUGGCUAGCCGAAUAAUGCUAGCUAGCUGUUGCUGCGUUUCAGAAAAGUUGAGCAAUGACUGACAGCGACUUUUAUGGCUAAAUGUUGGACAACGUCUGUUCAUGUGGGAUUUUACAGUGCUGACAAGUAGAGAUACGUCAUUGUAACGCUCAGAUCAACCAAACGACUGUCAUGGACAACGUGAAAUCACGCAGUGAGGAUGAGGAUGAAGAGCUGCACUCCACAGAUCCAGAGAGCAAAGAGAAGAGCAAAGAUAAGAAGUCCCUGUGCAAAGUGAAAUGGUCGCGAGAUGAGGAUGAAAAGCUGAAAAAACUAGUGGAGCAGCACGGAACUGAGUCCUGGAAAUUAAUAGCCAACUAUUUUCCAGGGAGGACAGAUGGCCAGUGUCAGCACCGCUGGCAGAAGGUGCUCAACCCGGAGCUGGUGAAAGGACCCUGGACAAAAGAGGAAGAUCAGAAGGUUAUUGACCUGGUGCACAAAUAUGGCCCAAAGCGCUGGUCGGUGAUUGCUAAGCACCUGCAGGGGAGGAUUGGGAAGCAGUGCCGUGAGCGGUGGCACAACCACCUCAACCCAGAGGUGAAGAAGUCCUCAUGGACUCAGGAAGAGGACCGGAUCAUCUACGAGGCCCAUAAACGGCUGGGUAACCGCUGGGCUGAGAUCUCCAAGCUCCUUCCUGGACGGACAGACAACUCCAUCAAGAAUCACUGGAACUCCACCAUGAGGAGAAAGGUGGAGCAUGAGGGCUACCUACAGGAGGGCUGCAGGGGUUUCACCUCCUCCCAAGGGGGAGUAAAGAGACGUCACCAUAGACCCUGUCCUCCUCCCCCACCAGACACCCAACACUGUGACCACAGCCCCAUGGCCGUGCCGGUACCUAAUCAGAUGGGGGGAUUUCCUUAUGACCCUCACAGUGCACACAUGAUGGACAGCCUCCCAGAUACCUCUGGCUUCUUAUCGCCAUCCUGCCUGGAUGACCCUGACAGAGAGCAAAGAAUUAAGGAGCUUGAGCUGCUGCUUAUGUCAGCAGAGAACGAAGUCCGUCGAGUGCAGUGCAGAGGUCCAUGUAGCUUUGAGCACUACUCAGCCUGGACUAACAGUGUGGCAGAGGACACCCUGACUACAAGCAGCAGCAGCCUGGAGGAACAGGUGGAGGGAAGGACCUGGAGGGGGCCUGAGGUCCCCCAGGGGGCCCCGGGACAGCUCCCUGUGUCCCCUAGCAAGUUCCUGGCUGUAGAGGCCAGCACUGUGCUAUCCACCUUGCAGACGAUACCGGAGUUUGCUGAGACAAUGGAGCUCAUUGAUUCAAUGUGUUUUGCUCUGCAGGACCCAGUGGCAUGGAGUGAGGUGACCAGCUUUGACUUGUCUGAGACUGGGACACCCCCCAGGCAUGCCCAUGGAGGUUACAGCACCCUGCCACAAGAAAGGACAAUUGAAGAUUCAGUGGGUUACACUGCAUCUUCCCUCUCUGGCCGCAACAAGCACUGUGCUCCGUUUGUCAACUCCCUCACUCCCAUCAACACGUCCAAACCCACCCAACCGUCCACUGGGAGGAGGAAGAGAAGAGAAAGGGGGGAACAGUCUCCUAUGUGUGACAGGACGUGCUCUUCCUUCUUGGAAAAUGUCUCAAAUUCGCCCAAGAAAACACCAACAAAGUCACUACCGUUCUCUCCGUCCAGGUUUUGCAAUAUAUCCGGAGCUGAGCCUCUGAAUUUGGAUAACCCUGCCCUUACCUCAACCCCUGUGUGUGGCCAGAAGUGCCUUCUCAGCACGCCCCUCCACAAAGAAACCACACCUAAACACCAGAAAGAGAAUGCUGGUUCCAGAACUCCUAAAUUCCGUAAGACUGUCACGAUUCCCACCCCGAGGACACCGACGCCUUUCAAAAAUGCUUUGGCUGCACAGGAGAAAAUGCACGGGCCGCUGAAGAUGGAGCCGCAGCCGCUGGCAUUUCUAGAGGAGGACAUCCGAGAAGUCCUGAAGCAGGAAACAGGAGCUGAUAUCUUCAACAAAGUGGAGCUGCAGCCAGAGUAUAGAACAUGGAAACACAAUAUGGAUGGCCCAGCUAGGAAGGUGCGCAAGUCUCUUGUGCUGGACCCCUGGGAGAAAGACUGCCUCAACGUCCAGCUCUUCCAAGAGCAGCUCAACAACGCACAGAUGCCUGAUGAAAGUCUGCUGACCAGCUCUUUGCUGAUGACACCGAUCCCUGAGCAAGAGGAGUGCAGCCGCCCUUUGAUCUCUGGUAGAGACGGGCCCCCUCUGGUGCCACUGCAUCGCCUCUCCAGCCCGCGGGUCAAGAAGCUCCCCACCUCGCAGAAGGCCCCACUACACACCACAGUACAGAUAAACAGUGAGUGGGAGGCGGUGGUGUAUGGGAAGACGGAGGACCAGCUGAUCAUGACAGAGCAAGCCCGUCAGUACCUGAACCCCUACCCACCGUCUGGCUCUACCUCAAGGGCCCUUGUGCUUUGAAGCCAGCCUCUUGCUGUGCAGACACACACUACACCCGUCCAACAACCCCCACUGAAUCCUGUAAAAGACAAUCCGGUGUAGGCAAACAAACACGAGUUUCAGUUCUCAGUUGUGUGUGUGGUUUGGUUUGGUUUUGUUUUUUGCAAAAACAGAAAUGCACUGCCAAGGACAUCAACAAAAAGGCAUGGCUGCUGUUUUUACAUGUUUCUAGGUCACUGCCCAAGUACCUUUUUUUUUUAGUGUCAUCUGGUUUGGCCUUUAUAUUCCUUACACACAAGCUGUUGCCUUGGCUUCUUAAACAGUUUUUGUACAGAUAAGGAAGAGCUAGAAUUUUCUGCACUAGUCAAUAAUGUUAAAACAACCUGCACAUACAGUAGGCUGUAGAUAUAGAUUGUUUAUUACUAGCAGUGGCUGCUUCUGAGUUUUAUAUUGUUAAUAUAUUGUUUAAAUGGAAAAAAAAACACAUUUUAUGAAGUAACGCUACUCCUUAUGUAUCUUCUCCAGCUUGUUUCAUUGAACUGCCCUGUUGCUGUUAUCAGAUAAAAACCACAUACCUUUUUUUUCUUUAUUUUAAUGCCCAUGUAUUUUUCAAAUGACACCAUGGGUUUUUAACAAGUUGUAAGGGACCAUGUGUCACAAAACACACUAAGCACAUAUACUGUAUGUGUAUGUGUGUACAGUAUAUAUACAGUACCUUUCAAUCCAAUUAAGAAAGACACCAAAAAUACAGUUAUGUGGUUUUUAGAGACAGCAGCGUUAAGUUGAGAAUGCUUAUCCCUGGUGAUAUGAAGUCUUGAGGGGACGGAAGUAGGAAGCUGUCAGUAUUGCACUACUGAGUUGAGUUUGCUGCUGAGAAAGGAGCAGUGUUUUAAGGGCAAACUGGAUAGCACUUGCGACAAUACAAUAUCCUUUUAACGACACAAAAGUUUCCUUUCCAAGGCCAUAAUGUCCGUCGAGACAUCGGUUGAAUGUAUUUCAUUGCAAUGUAAUUGUGUAAAAAACCUCAAAAUGGAAAGGUACCUUAUUGUUUGUUUCUUUUUUUCUUUUAUUUAUUAUCUGACAGCUCUAAAGCUUAGAUAUUAAUAUAAAUUCACACCGUAUGAGUUUACCUUCGCUGACAAGACAGCCUAAAAAUUCCCACUUGCCCCAAAGCAGUCCAGCUGCUCCUCUCUGAAAGGUCACCGUUGCUUUGGUCAGAGGUUUCAGUGUGUUGAGGUUGGUACUGACCACAGUGCGCAUAUCAUCAGUGUUCUGCUACAAGCAUUUGGUCAAGAAGGAUUUACCUUUUGUGUGAAGGCUGUAGGUUUUUAUUUAUUUAAUGUCUACUAAUUUAUUUAUUUCUUUAAAAAACGUUUAAGAGAAAUUAUUGAAGAAUUAUAUUUUCUUUUCUCUGUCAAAAUCAGGAUUGGGGCUACCUUUAAGUUUCAUUUGUCCAAGAUAGAAGUAAACAUGCACUGCCACUACUUGCAUCCAUCCAUUUUUUUACUUUUAAUCGAUCCAACAAGAAUUAGCAAAUAACCAUUUUGUAGUUGUAUCACUGAUUUGGUAGGUAGGACUUUUUUUUUCUUUGAAUCAAAGUGUGUUCUUGUUGUCUUUUAGGUAGCAGGAUUCCAUCUCCGACCUCUAAUCAUAGGCAAAUUGCACUUUUUACUCAUUGUUUUAAUUGUUGGAUUGUUUGUUUAUGCUGAUGAUGUAGCUCUUGUUCAUUGUGUGUUGUACUUGUUCUUUUUUUUUUUUUAAGUGUUAGACGGAUGUCUCACUACGUGUGAGUAAUGAAUACUGACAUUAAGCUUCAAGCUGCUCGAUUUUUUUAAAUUACAAUGUUUUGUUCUCCAGCUCUGCUGUUUACAGGUGUAGAAGCUUGAGAGUUGCAUAAACUAGAUCGAAACCUUGCAUUUAAAAAUUAUUGAGACUGAAUGAUAGCACUCCUAACCUUUCACAGUCAGCUACACGGGUGGCAGUGUGCCUUAGUGGUUAGAGACCGUCCCAUAACUAGAAGGUCCCACGUUUGAUCCCCACAAUAGCCAUGUAUCAUGUUGAAGUGUCUGUGCAAGACACUGAACCCAUACCUACUCACUCAAAUCAAUAUCAACUAAAUGCUUAAUUUGUAAUGUAUAUGUACAUAAUUUCAGGCUGUGAUGCUGUUAAAAUGAACUGCACUGUUCUUCCAUGUUCAAUAGGAUAAUUCAUGAUACUGGUGCGAUGAAGGCUUUUCUGUUCAUGUGUUUAUGGUCCGUUACAGGCCUGUACCCAGACCAGUAAAAGUAACACUACAAGUAGAAAUGGUCCUCUCAGUUAUAUUGGCAUCACUAGAUCCAGCAUUAGUCAUAAUCUGGAUUUUGGUGGGAGGAUUAUCCAGCAUUAAGCAUUUGAGUGAGAAUAAGAAGGGAAUCUUGUCAGGGAGAUCAAGUGGAAAGAUCAGGAGCAAACAUGACUCUAGAACAGGGAAACUAGGCUAAACUGACUUAAUUAAUAUCCACGCAAGAGCUUAAAGUUUGUAUUUUAAUAUGGCGGCUGGCGUGUCUAACAGCUCAAUCUGUACAUAUUUGUGUUGAAUGUUUUGUUUGUCUUUUCGACUUGUGUUUUGUACAUUCCAUUUGUAAGUCCAAGAUAAUAUGUUUGUAUUUUUAACAACACACAGCCAUGUAACACCAUAGGUUUUUGAGGGAAUGAAGUACAUGUACAGGAUAGCCACAGCUGUCAUACUACUGUAGUUAUGCAUGAGUAAAUACACAAGAUGCUGGACUGUUGCAUUCAUUUACAAGGUAAAUCACAGAUAUAACACUUGCACAAUAUUUACAGUAUUUUUCAGUUUGAAAUCAUAACCAAGGUACCAUAGAACUCCUGCCAACUAUCAUUGUAACCAUGUACUUAAUGUUGGAAAAAUAAAAUGCAUUUGUUGCAUGAC